AUGUCAAGGGAUCCACUUGUUGUAGGCAAUGUAGUUGGAGAUAUCUUGGACCCAUUUAUCAAAUCAGCAUCACUCAAAGUCUUAUACAACAAUAGGGAGCUGACUAAUGGAUCUGAGCUCAAGCCUUCACAAGUAGUCAAUGAGCCACGGAUCGAGAUUGCUGGGCGUGACAUGAGAAACCUUUACACUUUGGUAAUGGUGGAUCCUGACUCACCAAGUCCAAGCAAUCCAACCAAAAGAGAAUACCUUCAUUGGUUAGUGACAGACAUUCCGGAAUCAACAGAUGCAAGCUAUGGUGGGUUGUUCCCUUCCUUUUGCGUAUUUGUUUCCACGAUUUAA